AUGCCUUGGCAAUCGGGUAGCGGCGGCUCCGGCGGCGGCGGAGGCCCCUGGGGUGGCGGCUCCGGCGGUUCCGGCGGCGGGUCCGGCGGUGGCGGACCGUGGGGCGGCCGCGGUGGCGGCAACAACGGUGGCGGUUGGGGCUCCGGCGGCUGGGGCCCCGGCGGCGGCAACCGGCCGCCCGACUUCGAGGACGUCAUCCGGCGCGGCCAGGAACGGCUGCGCGGCGCGCUGCCCGGCGGGCUCGGCGGCGGCCGGGGGCUGGGCAUCCUGAUCGCCGUGGCGCUCGUGCUGUGGCUCGCCUCCGGCUUCUAUCAGGUGCGCCCGGGCCAGCAGGGCGUGGUGCUGCGCUUCGGCGAAUGGGUCAACCAGGACAGCCUGGCCGGCCCCGGCCUGCACUGGCACCUGCCCUGGCCGAUCGAGACGGCGGUGACGCCCAACGUCGAGGAGAUCCGCCAGAUCGAGGUCGGCUAUCGCGGCAACGCCAGCCGCACCAACGACGUCGCCGAGGAAAGCCUGAUGCUGACCGGCGACCAGAACAUCAUCGACAUCGACUUCACGGUGCAGUGGCGGAUCAGCAACGCCGGCGAGUUCCUGUUCAACAUCCGCGACCCCGAGUCGACCAUCAAGAUCGCUGCCGAAAGCGCGAUGCGCGAGAUCAUCGGCCGGACCGACAUCCAGCCGGCGCUGACCGACGCGCGCACCGAGAUCGCCGACCGCACCAAGACGGUGCUGCAGCAGAUCCUCAACGACUACCGCGCCGGCAUCAACAUCACCGAGAUCAACCUGCAGGACGUGCAGCCGCCGCAACAGGUGGUCGACGCCUUCGAGGACGUGCAGCGGGCGCGCCAGGACCUCGACCGUCUGCGCAACCAGGCCGACGCCUACCGCAACAAGGUGAUCCCCGAGGCCCGCGGCGAGGCGCAGCGCAUGAUCCAGGAGGCCGAGGCCUACCGCGAGCGGCUGAUCAACGAGGCCCAGGGUGAGGCGCAGCGCUUCCUCAACGUCUACGAGGCCUACCUGCAGAACCCCUCGAUCACCACGCGGCGCAUGUACCUGGAGACGGUCCAGGGCAUCCUCAGCGACACCGACAAGGUGAUCAUGCAGGACAGCUCGGGCGCGGUGCCCUACCUGCCGCUCAACGAGCUGCGCGGGACGAAAGUCAUGCAGAAGCGAAUCGCCCUGAUCGGCGGCAUCCUCCUGGUGGUGCUGGGCUUCGUCGCCUACAACGCGCUCUUCACGGUGCACCAGACCCAGCAGGCCCUGGUCUUGCAGUUCGGCGCCAUCAAGCGCGUCGUGCAGGAGCCCGGCCUCAACGUGAAGCUGCCCUUCAUCCAGAACGUGGUCUACUUCGACCGCCGGGUGCUGAACCUCGAUCCCGACCCGCUGACCGUGGUUCUCUCGGACCAGCGGCGCCUGAUCGUCGACGUCUUCGUGCGCUACCGCAUCACCGAUCCGGUGCGCUUCUACGAGACGGUCAACAACGAGGGGACCCUGCGCAAUCGUCUGGACCCCAUCGUCAAUACCGAGGUGCGUUCGGCGCUGGGUGAGGUGACCCUGGCCAGCGUGCUGUCGGAGGAGCGGCGCGACCUGAUGGAGGAGAUCCGGCGCCGGGUGAACUCCGCGGUGCGCCAGGCCGCGCAGGAAAGCGGCGUCGCGGUGGAGACCGAGACCAGCAGCGACGUGCAGCUGACCGAUACCGCGCGUCCGGCCAGCCAGCGCCGCGGCGGCUUCGGCAUCGACGUGGUCGACGUGCGCAUCGGCCGGGCCGACCUGUCCAAGGACGUCAGCGAGUCGGUCUACGACCGUAUGCGGGCCGAGCGCGAGCGCGACGCCGCCGAGUUCCGAGCCCAGGGCCAGGAGCAGUUCCAGCGGAUCACCGCCUCGGCCGACCGCGAGGCCACGGUGAUCCGGGCCGAGGCGCAGCGCGACGCCGACAUCCUGCGCGGUGAGGGCGAGGCCGAGCGGACCCGGCUGCUCAACGAGGCCUUCGGCCAGGACGCGGAGUUCUUCGACUUCUACCGCUCGAUGCAGGCCUACACCGAGGCGAUCCGCGGCGAGAACUCCAUGCUGGUGCUGCCGCCGGACAACGAGUUCUUCCGCUUCUUCAACUCGCUGCCGGAAGGCGUGCGCAACGCCGAGCGCAAUCCCGAGCAGCGCGCGGAGUCGCGUCCCGCCACGCCGUUGCGCAACGGCACGGGCGCCACGGACGGCGCGGCCGGCGGCGCAACCGCGGACGAGCGCCCCAUGACCGACCUGCUGACCGCGCUGGCCCUGGUGUUCGUGAUCGAGGGCUGCCUGCUGGCCCUGUUUCCCGGGGCGCCGCGGGCGAUCUACCGCCAGCUUUCCGAGCUGGCGCCCGAGACCCUGCGGGUCUUCGGCCUGAUCGCCGCCACCCUGGGCGUGCUCGCCGUCUGGCUGCUGCGCACACUGCGGAUUGCCGGCGCCGCCCGGUGCCGCCGCCUGGGGCCGCUGCCGCGGCCCGGGGCCGGGCACCGACCGCGAAGACCGCCGAGAGGACCCCGCGUGACCCGAGCCCCUUCCGUUGCCCGCGUCCUUGCAGCCCGCCUGUCCGGCCAGGCGCUGGCGGCCCUCCUGUUGCUCACCGCCGCCGCCGUCUGGGCGGCACCGGCGGCCGCCCAGCCCGAGGGGGCGCCGAUCUCCUUCGCCGAUCUGGCCGACCGGCUGCUGCCCACCGUGGUCAACAUCUCGACCACCCAGGUGGUCGAGCGCGGCGACCAGGAGGACUUCGAGGAGAUGUUCCGCGAGUUCUUCGAGCGCCGGGGGCAGGGGGCGCCGCCGCCGCGGCGGCGGGCCAACUCGCUCGGCUCGGGCUUCAUCAUCGAUCCCGACGGCUAUGUCGUGACCAACAACCACGUCAUCGCCGACGCCGACACGGUCGAGGUGGUGCUGUUCGACGACACCACCUUCGAGGCGGAGGUGAUCGGCACCGAUCCCGAGACCGACCUGGCGCUGCUCAAGGUCGAGCCGACCUUCCGGCUGCCGAGCACCACCUGGGGCGAUUCCAACAGCGUGCGCGUGGGCGACUGGGUGCUGGCGGUGGGCAACCCCUUCGGCCUGGGCGGCUCGGUCACCGCCGGCAUCGUCUCGGCGCGCGGGCGCAACAUCAACGCCGGGCCCUACGACGACUUCCUCCAGACCGACGCGGCCAUCAACCGCGGCAACUCCGGCGGCCCGAUGUUCAACCUGGACGGCGACGUGAUCGGCGUGAAUACCGCGAUCUUCUCGCCCUCCGGCGGCUCCAUCGGGAUCGGCUUCGCCGUGCCCUCGGCCAUGGCCCAGAACGUGAUCGACUCCCUGCGCCGCUUCGGCGAGGUGCGGCGCGGCUGGCUGGGC